GGCUGGGGGCGAAGUGACCAGGCGGUGGCGGCGGCGGUAACGGCGGCUCUGCCGAGGUGACAAUGUGUUAGGAGCCCUCGUUCGGUCUCCUGCGCCUGUACGGCCUCGGCGCCCGCUCUCGCGGCGCUCGCGGAGCCCUCUAGCCCGCCGCUGCGCUAUGAGGGCGCCUCUCUGGGGCUGGCCCAGGCCGGAGCCAGCUUGCUCCGCUCCCGGGGAAGUGUGAAGAGAGAGGCGCGGGCGGGAGCCGGGGCUGCGCGCGGCGUUCGCGGGCCGGCGCGGGUUCCAGGUGAGCGCGGGCUCGGCGCACCCGGCACUCUCGGCGCGGCCGACCGGCGCCUGCUGGGCUAGUGGAAGCUGAAUCCCGCGUGUGGACUGCGGUUCCCUCUUCGCGGGAUCCUUGGCCACGAUAGCAGAUGCAUUUUGUAGGAGUAUUUCGAGGAUGAAUGUUUGCAAAUCAUUUUGAAAUUGCCAAAUGCCACAUACAUGGGAUGCAUCCUGCUUUUAUCUUGGAGUUCAACCCUGUGGCUUGGAGUUAUCACUGUAGCAUCUGUCUUCGAUCUGUGUGUUAACUAGAAAUCAAAAGAAGACAUGAGGAGGUUUGUUUACUGCAAGGUGGUUCUGGCCACUUCCCUGAUGUGGGUGUUUGUUGACGUCUUCUUACUUCUGUACUUCAGUGAAUGUAACAAGUGUGACGACAAGAAGGAGCGAUCCCUGCUACCAGCACUCAGGGCUGUUAUUUCAAGAAAUCAAGAAGGGCCAGGAGAAAUGGGAAAAGCUGUGCUGAUUCCUAAAGAUGACCAGGAGAAAAUGAAGGAACUGUUUAAAAUCAAUCAGUUUAACCUUAUGGCCAGUGACUUGAUCGCCCUUAACAGAAGUCUACCGGAUGUGAGAUUAGAAGGAUGCAAGACAAAGGUCUACCCUGAUGAACUUCCAAACACAAGUGUAGUCAUUGUGUUUCACAAUGAAGCUUGGAGCACUCUUCUGAGAACUGUUUACAGUGUUAUAAAUCGUUCCCCACGUUAUCUGCUCUCUGAGGUCGUCUUGGUAGAUGAUGCCAGUGAAAGAGAUUUUCUCAAGUUGACAUUAGAGAAUUAUGUGAAAAAUUUAGAGGUGCCGGUAAAAAUUAUUAGAAUGGAAGAGCGCUCUGGGUUAAUACGUGCCCGCCUUCGAGGAGCAGCUGCUUCAAAAGGGCAGGUCAUAACUUUUCUCGAUGCACAUUGUGAAUGCACCUUAGGAUGGCUGGAGCCUUUGCUGGCGAGAAUAAAAGAAGACAGGAAAACAGUUGUAUGCCCCAUCAUUGAUGUGAUUAGUGAUGAUACCUUUGAAUAUAUGGCUGGGUCAGACAUGACUUAUGGGGGUUUUAACUGGAAACUGAAUUUCCGUUGGUAUCCUGUUCCCCAAAGAGAAAUGGAUAGGAGGAAAGGAGAUAGAACAUUACCUGUCAGGACCCCUACUAUGGCUGGUGGCCUAUUUUCUAUUGACAGAAACUACUUUGAAGAGAUAGGAACUUACGAUGCAGGAAUGGAUAUCUGGGGUGGAGAGAAUCUUGAAAUGUCUUUUAGGAUUUGGCAAUGUGGAGGCUCUCUGGAGAUUGUGACUUGUUCCCAUGUUGGUCACGUUUUUCGGAAGGCAACUCCCUACACUUUCCCUGGUGGCACUGGUCAUGUCAUCAACAAGAACAACAGGAGACUGGCAGAAGUUUGGAUGGAUGAAUUUAAAGACUUCUUCUAUAUCAUAUCCCCAGGUGUUGUCAAAGUGGAUUAUGGAGAUGUGUCAGUCAGAAAAACACUAAGAGAAAACCUGAAGUGUAAGCCCUUUUCUUGGUACCUUGAAAACAUCUAUCCGGACUCCCAGAUCCCGAGACGUUAUUACUCACUUGGUGAGAUAAGAAAUGUUGAAACCAACCAGUGUUUAGACAACAUGGGCCGCAAGGAAAAUGAAAAAGUGGGUAUAUUCAACUGUCAUGGUAUGGGAGGAAAUCAGGUAUUUUCUUAUACUGCUGACAAAGAAAUCCGAACCGAUGACUUAUGCUUGGAUGUGUCUAGACUCAGUGGACCCGUAAUCAUGCUAAAAUGCCACCACAUGAGAGGAAACCAGUUAUGGGAAUAUGAUCCUGAGAGACUCACCUUGAGACAUGUUAACAGUAACCAAUGCCUCGAUGAACCUUCUGAAGAUGACAAAAUGGUGCCUACCAUGCAGGACUGUAGUGGAAGCAGAUCCCAACAAUGGCUGCUAAGGAACAUGACUUUGGGGGCAUGAAGAUUGUUUCCCCAAAGCCAUGAAAGCAUCUACACUUUUGUUUUUCCAUUAUUUCAAUUAGGGAGAUAUUAACUUUGCUGAAUUGAAAGUUUUAAAAUCCUUUUAGUAUUCUAAAAUACAGUUGUUUAUAAUUCAUUUUUAGGAAUGUUUGCUUAUUUCCCUACUAAAAUUUGUAUCUGAUCAAAAGAAGCACAUACCAUAUAUAAAUAAUAGCAAACUGUUACUAAGCAAACAUCAGAACAACUUGAAAAAUAAAUUGUGUUUGCUUUAAAAAAAAAAAAAAAGAAUCUCUAUUGCCCUCAUCUCAUAAGAUCAGUCAGGGCUUACUUUAAUUUUGUUUUUGUCAUAGUGAUUAAAAGAGAGACAAUGUAAAUGCCUUAUAAAAUAUCUUCAUUGUGAUAUAUUAUCCAUUGUUUUAAAAACUCACUGUUUCUAAUGGACCUUUGUGGCAACAUGUUGAAUUUCUAUGUCAACAACAAGGCCACAUAUUGAAUUAUUUCUGAGCAGUGAAUUCAUCGUACAAGAUAAGUUUCAAUUUUGUAGGAAAAAAAUUAAAUUGGAUAUUGACUUCUCAUAGAGUCCUUACAAAAGCAUCACCAUUAAACAAAAUAGAGGAGAGUUUGAAAGUUCAAUUUCAAGUACAUGAAAUCAGAGGAAACUAGCUAGGCAUUGAGGAGAGCAAGAUGAAGUGAAACUGAAAAAAAUAAAUCAUUUUAAAAGACAUUCUCUUCGGGUUCCAAUCACUUCUAACACAGGUUGAGCAUAACAUCGUCUUGGUCCCAGAGUUGAUGCUGGAAACUCAAUUCUUAACCACUGCCUCUGUCUCACAGAAACUACACAGACCCUUUUCUCUUCAUGCUAGGGAGUGACUUGUCUCUUACACUGUACAGAAUUAUAGGUGAAGGGUAUAGUACUUUCCAUAAUUUUUAAUUCUUCUGCAUUUGAAGGUUCUAGUUAGGUCACUAUUACCAUUUUAAUUAUAUGUUUUAAAAAAUAAUGUGCUACUAUCAGAAUUUCACUGCCAUCCAAUAGUAUCUAAAGUUUUCACCAGGGGCAUGAACUCAAUACACAUCCAUUAAACUUUUAUUUUAAUUAAACUGCUUGAAAUCACGCCAUAAACUAUAGUUCAAGGAAGAAUAAUAAUUAGACCAGCUUCACGUGUUCUUUUUCCAUCUUAAAAUCUUCUAUGUUCAAAAUACAUGAGCAGAAGAUGUGAAAAGGAAAGAAAAUUUAUCUGAGAUUCAUGCUAAGCCUUUACUUUUAGGAUCUGACACCAUUUAAAAUGCUCAUAAAGUUGUUCAGCAUAUGUAUCUUAUUCAUUAUAUGUGCACUAGGCUGCUAAAAGAAAUUUAGGGGGAAAAUGGAAGAAACAUCCUCUGGAGAAAAAGAUGCUACAUUUUUGGCCCCAUCUUCUCUUAAAAAUCCCUGAGAGAAACUUUUAAUAGUAUGGCUACACAAAAAUUUUCUUUGUCUCUAUCUCUCUCUCUCUCACACAGAAACACACACACACACACACACACACACACACACACACACUGCUUUAUAAUGAAAAGGAGGACACUUUCUGAAGGCCAGUAAAAUCCUGUAUGAUUUUCCCAGCUAGCAUCCCCUUUCUGUUUUGGCUGUACACUGGUACAACUCUAAAGAUUUCUACAACCUGAAGCAUUUCAGGUUUACUCCUUAAAGUGUACACACCCCUCACCUCAAUGUGGCUGAGAAUCCAUCAGUCUCCUAAAAUUUUAAACAAAAGUUUGAGUGUUGGGGCUUAUUGUUUUGAGGAAAGAAUCUAUAGCUUAGAGCAAACUUCAAAGGAAGCUAUGCCUCCCAAGGGUUAGUGAACCACUGCCUUAAAUUGAUAACGGCCUCACAAGACAACCGAGGCUUACCUUAACCAUCACAUUUUCCACUUUGCUCUCUUUUCUUCCUGUCCUGACUAAAAUACAGUAAAAUGUCCCUGCACAGCAUUCUUCCUUAAACUUGAGUUCAAACCCACAAGGACUCUUUUAUACUAUCUGUUCCACUUAUUGUGGACUUGACAAUCAAAAUGCUUACGUUAUCUAUAAAAUGGUCAAUGAUAAAUUUUUUUUUUUUUUUUUUUUUUUUUUUUAGAAUACAGCUGCUCCAUGGAAACUGCCUUUGACACAUUUCAGCAGCAUUUUAAACAUUUGAAAGUCCAUUAUGGUCACAGCAACAAUACAGGAAAAAUCAAAACUGUGGAAGUUUCAUACCAGAGAUUUUCAGAGAACCCUCAGAUGGUUUAAACACAUUGUUUAAAUGUGAAUUAAGGGUGUUUAAUAAACAAACAAAAAAUGCCAUAAAAUAGAAAACACCAAAACCCAGAAAGCAAUGGUUAACAUUCAACUUAAGCAAAAAGAUCUACUGUAUUCAGUACAGAACAUUAAAAAUGAUGACUGGCUUCACAAUGGAUUCGUCUUAGCUGUGGGGCUAGACUAACAAAUAUUUCAAAUGAUUUCAAAGUUCCCCUUCUGAUGUUUUCCCCACAGCAGUUAAUGCCAAUUCCAUCUUUCCAGAUGUCGAGAUCAAAAACCUUUAGUCACUUUUGAUUUGUUUUUUCUCUCAACUUUUAUCUAAUCCAUCAGCAAAUUCCCUUGAUUCUAUAUUUGAAAUAUAACCAGAAGCCAACGACUUCCCACCUCAUCCACUGUGUGCCACCACCUCUUAAUUUUUUUAAAUUGUGGUAUGCUUAUAAUUUGGUUCCCCUGAUUGCCCAACCCUUGCCUCCAACAGUCUGUAUUAGUCACAGCAGCCUUAGUGAUUUUGUUAAACAUCAGUUUGAUUUUGUCACUUCUUUGCUCACAACCCUCUAACGCCUUUCCACGUUUAACGAAAUCUCUUAGAGUGGUCUUCAAGGGCCUCUCUCUCCACGCAUGUGCUCACAAGUCCCUUCCCCCCCCGCCCCCCCCCCCCCCCCCCCCCCCCCCCCCCACCCCACAUCCUCGCAAGGGCUCCUUUUCUGAGCGCAUCUCCUUGUGCCUCCCCUUAACUUGCUCCACUCUGGCUGCCAAGCAGGUUUUAGUCUCCUUGUUUUGCUCUCUCUGCCCCACAGAGUUCUGUCACCUCACUUUCUUUAGGUAUCUGUCCAAAUACUGUCUCAUCGGUAAGGCAAACCCUUCUUCCUCAUGCCCUCCCUAUCCAUGUAUGUUCUCUGACAGACUAUAAAUUGGCUUUUUUUUUCCCCCCCUGUCUACUCUUUUAAGUCUCCCCUGACCCCACUUCCCAACAUUCUGAUCACACACCCUAGAAUGAAGUACCAUAAAGGCCAGGCUUUGCCAGUUUUAUUCACUGUGGUAUCCCCAGCAUCUAAUAUAGUUCUGGGCUCAAAGUAAGUAUUCUUUAAAUAUUUCUUGAAUUAAUGAACUGAAAAAUGUGUGUUAAAGUUGCUAAGUGCUACUGUACCAUAUCUCUUUUUUUUUUGCACAGUAUUUUAAAUUUUAAAAGAAAACCUAGUAAUAUAUUUAGACAAGAUUUGCAUAACUUUGUCUCCAAAUGAUAAUUUUCUUCCCAAUAUUCUUUACGUUAAAGUAUGGACUAUAUUUUGUUCUCUGUGGUAAAAUAGCCUACCUUAUGGAAGUGAAAUAUGACAUUUUAUAAACAUGCUGCUAUAUUAUGUAAGUUGCUUUAUGAAGAUAAAAUUUUUAUUUUGAUUUUUUGGUUGUAUUCAAUUGCUACCUGAAGAAGUGAGAUUUUCUACUUUUUGAGUAGAGACGUAUCCUCCUCUUAAAAGUCAUAUGUAUUUUCAUAGUUUUAUAGGCGCUAUUACUAAUUUAUUUUCUAAGUACAAUUCUAUAAAUGGAACACAAACACAGUAACUUUGAGAGGAAUUUACAGAUGAUCUAUUCCUUCUUCAUUUACAAAUUUUAAGACCAACAUCCAGCUAUGUAAUGUGGCCUGCCUAGGGAUCAGAUUAAACUAUAAACAGUGUUGCCAGGACUCAUCAUUGUUAAUAUAACCUAAUAUUGUCUUCAAUUAAAAAGCAUUCAAAAAUAAAGUAGAAAGGGUACAAUAAUGAGGAAGAAAUGCCUUCAUUAAACAUUUUGUGAUAAGAACAUUGAUUUUUUUUGAGAUAUAUUACUUCUCACUACCUUUCAUAUUUAAAUAAGAUUAGUUCUACAAAAUAAUACCACAGGAAAUAAAGAUCUAUAGCAGAAAUAAAGAAAUUAACAGGAAACAGCAUGAUUACAGAACAUCCUGGCAUUACUGGGCAAAAUGGUUUUCUGGGAAGCAAAGCCUCUUGAGCAAUAACAAUGGAGCAUACCCUCCCCUCACUUCUAUUUUCCAUAUAAUUAUGUUCAAGUUAAAAAUGACUGGCCUACAGCUUGCACAGAGCAUUAGACCCAUCUAUUACUGUGAACACUGGAUAGAUUCUAAGCUAUGCAGGUUUAAAGACCACAGGGUAAUCAGCAGAGAAUUCUAGGCUUCCCGGUAGAACUCUCUAGACUCUAGUCAACACAACCCAUAAAUUCGAUUUCGCCAUGGUUCUUAGAAACAGCAUAAUAAAUAAAAAGGGGGAAAAUAGCAAAGAGAAAAAGUAAGAAAAGAACCACUAGAGUAAAACAACAGGCAUGAUUUUACCUUUCUUUCUUUCUUUCUUUUCUUUUUUUUUUUUUUUUUUAGUGGGAAGUUAAGAAAAUAGUAUGAAUUGGUUCAGUAAACUUUAAAGUAUUGGCUGCCUACCUACAUUAUUUUUUACCACUUGAGAAAUGAUGAUCAUAUAUGAUCACAGACAUUUUAUUUGCAUCUUGUUUAUAGAUGUUCAAUAUCGUCUCAGAGGAGGCAAAACUUUCAUGCAUUCAGAAGUCCUGGAGUAAGUCAUAAAAUCAUAAGUCAUAAAGUCUGCUGAUUUAACAAAUAUGAAGAAUUCAAGAAAUUCAAGAUCUUAAUGGAUGUGUGAUCAUCCACAAAGGGUCCUUCUGCAGAGCAAAUACCUGCAAACCUUGAAUAAAUUUCUAAUGCUGUUGGACAGCAAAAAUUUAUUUAAGUCUUAAGGCAGUUUGUGUUUCAGGAUUCAGCCACUACCCUCCACUUCCUCCUUAUUUUUCCCCAGUAGGUCUAAGCAUGGAAUAGAUAAAAUCAGCACUCUUCUGUACAGCACAUGAACACAUCUGGUAUGACUACACCAUGCUCAAAAUGCUAUUAAGUAUCAGUUGUUGUAGGAAUUUAAGGUGUUGAAUGAACACCAGCAAUGUAUUUUAAAUAGUUUGUGUACAUUUGUGUCCAACUUUUGUUUCAUAUUGUUCAAUAAAUUCUAAAGGCAAUGUUCAUUGUAUGUGUUCAAACAAUCUCUCUGAAAUACUAGGGGUGCAGGGCAGCUCUUUCGUUAACCAUCUUUUAAGAUAAAGGCCAUUUCUAUGUUAACCAGUGUCGUCAUUAUAUAAAAUUAUUUUGUUUUUGUUUUUAUCUGGGGAGAACAAAUCUCUUAAUACUGGGUAUUUAAUGAGUCCGAAUGAGAAUGGAACAUUAAAUGAUUAAGGCUACAUCUAUAAUGGUUUUAAAAAAUGAAAUUUUCAUCAUGCACUUAAUUUGGUGUAAAAAUGAACUUAAGCUGCUGCUUGGUUUCAGUUGUACUUUCUGCUAAAAACAGCACAAGUGAAGAAAGAGAACUUGAUGAUUAUAUGAUUUUUCUUUUCUUUUGGAGCUUUGUUUUUCCAUUGAGUGUAGCCACAGCUAAAGCGAAAUAAUUUCAAAACUCUUUUAGAUAUAUGCUUGGCACACAGUUCUUUAACAUUUAUAAAAGUAGCUUGUGCAUAAGGAAUUACACAUUUUAAAUAUUGUAAGCAUUACUAAAUGGUAUAAUUGUUCUUUUGCUAUAAAUUUAAAUAUUUAUA